UCCGCGAGCCAAUCAAACUGUGGCAAAGCUGUUCGACUGCAGCAUUCGAAGCACAAUGGACUGAGGGGACAGGGGACAAAUGUAAUGGCAAGUAAUGGCUGGCUCUGGCUCGUGUCGAAUGUAAAUAUAAUUCAGGCCAGUGCAGGCUACGUUUCCUAGCCAUUCCUUGCAGUGUCAAACACCACCGCGUUAAAAAGUAACAGACCUAUUGGUGGAAAAUCUACAACGAUGGCCGAUGAAGGAUUUAAUCUGUACGAAUGCAUAUGUAACCAUGAGUUAGCUACGCAGCAACUGCUGUCCAUUUUACGGCAGAAUCAGAAUUAUUGCACGGAUAACGAAUGUUUUAACUUACCGCAACAACCUGGACCGCAUAACGUGCCGUCGUCCACAAACUUUCUCAUGACCUGUUUAAUUAUUGCCUUUAUAUUGAUCAUGUACGCUUUGAGACCAAACUCGCUUCGACAAGUGCAACAGGACAACGUUAAAGAUCGAGAUAACGAACGCCACUCGGACGAUGAGCCUCCUGCACCUCCACCGAUGGCAUAAUAAAAACUGCAAUAACAUAUUCUCGCGUGGUUUGAAAUAGUAGAAUCUCUUCAGCUUACAAACAAUAGCAGAGACAGAGAGAGAGAGAGAGAGAGAGAGAGAGAGAGAGGG